AUUCGAACGUUGACCGAAAUUGUUCGCUUUGCCGAAACGCCCCAUAAAGAGAUCGAGAUAUUGUUUUUCCUUUUUUUGUUUCUGUUAUUACUGGAAUUGCUCCGAUCGUGGUUCGGUCUGUGAUAAGCCGACGCCGGACGCCGGACAGUGGGGAAAACUCUGCUACGCACGAGAUCAUUCCAAGCCUCUCUUCUCCUCUUGCUCUUGCUCUUGCUCUCUCUCUCUCUCUCUCACUCACUUUUCCGUUUGUGUCGUCGCGACGUCCACCACCUGAUAAGAUCGCUUUAUCGCUCUUUAUCACGUCUGCCUGCCGUCUGUAUUCGCGGACUCUCCACCCACACGCUCUCCUGCUCUCGUAUCAGCAGCAGAAGCAGCGACGCCGCGCCGCAUUUUUGGCAUUCUUCUUGAGCACUUCCUGCUCCUCCGUCGGAAAAUGCCGCAGCCGAAGCAGCCGAAUCUACCAAAGCAGCAGAAACAUUCCAGCUCCACAAUUUCCACACGGGAACGGGAGCGGGAGCGGACACAGACCAUCGGGGAGACGGACAUGGAUCAGUCGGUGUUGAAUGGACUGGCGACGAUGAGCCUCGAUGGGGUCGCCAGUUUCCAUGGCCACAAGCGUGAGCUGGGUCACAGAGUAUUCGUGAACAGAUCCCUGCAUCUGGAGAACAUCAAGUACUAUGGCUUUGACAUGGACUACACACUGGCGGAGUACAAGUCGCCGCAGUACGAGCAGCUGGGCUUCAAUCUGGUCAAAGAGCGGCUCGUUUCGAUGGGAUAUCCCAAGGAGAUACUGCAGUUUGAGUACGAUCCCACGUUCCCCGUGCGCGGCCUCUGGUUUGACACGCUCUACGGCAAUCUGCUGAAGGUCGAUGCCUACGGCAACAUCUUGGUCUGUGUGCAUGGCUUUGAGUUCAUCAAGCACCACCAGGUGUACGAGCUGUAUCCGAACAAGUUUCUCAAACUGGACGAGUCGCGUGUCUAUGUGCUGAACACACUCUUCAAUCUGCCGGAGACCUAUCUGCUCGCCUGUCUCACCGACUUCUUUAACAACAGCAACGAAUUUGUGCGCGUUGAGCGCGGCAUCAAAGCUGGUGAUUUCCUUUUCACGUACAAGUCCAUUUUCCAGGACGUGCGUCGUGCCGUCGACUGGGUGCAUUCCGAUGGUGACCUCAAGCGUCGAACCACUCAGAACAUGGCUCACUAUGUGAAGAAGGACGAACGGCUGCCAACGGUCCUCUCACGCAUUCGGGAGUCCGGAGCGAAGCUCUUCAUGCUCACCAACAGCGACUACACGUACACCAACGAGAUCAUGUCGUACCUGUUCGACUUCCCGCACGGCGCCACUCCGGCGGAGCCGCACAGGGACUGGAAGAGCUACUUCGAUGUGAUCGUGGUGGAUGCCCGCAAGCCGCUCUUCUUCGACGAGGGCACCGUGCUGCGGCAGGUGGACACGAAGACGGGGGGCCUCAAGAUCGGCACACACAUUGGGCCGCUGCAGCCGGGGCAGGUGUACUCGGGCGGAUCGUGCGAGCUGUUCACCAAGUUCAUCAACGCCAAGGGCAAGGACGUGCUCUACGUGGGCGAUCACAUCUUCGGGGACAUACUCAAGUCGAAGAAGAUCCGCGGCUGGCGCACCUUCCUCAUUGUGCCGGAGCUGGUGCGGGAGCUGCACGUGUGGACGGACGAGUGCCAGCUGUUCGCGGAGCUGCAGAACUUGGACAUCAAGCUGGGCGACCUCUAUCGCGACCUCGACUCGAGUGCCAAAGAGAAGCCGGACAUCUCGCAGCUGCGCACGUGCAUACGGGACGUGACCCACAAGAUGGACAUGUCGUACGGCAUGAUGGGGUCGCUCUUCCGCUCUGGCUCCCGCCAGACCUUCUUCUCCAGCCAGGUGGUGCGGUACGCCGAUGUCUAUGCCGCCACCCUGCUCAACCUCAUCUACUACCCGUUCUCGUACAUGUUCCGCGCCCCCGCCAUGCUGCUGCCCCACGAGUCGACGGUGGCCCACGACCAGGCCCACCAGCCGCCGCCCUCAGCUCCAUCCAUUGAGGAGGCACCGCGCUGCGCCUCCGGCAGUGACGUCAUCAGGGAAGCCAUCAAGGAUCAAGCCGCCAAGGAUGCCAAGGAUGCCAAGGAUCUGCAUCGUGCUAGCUCCAUUGUCCACACACGCCCCUCGACACCCACUGUGGUGACUCACACCCACGACGAGGACUACUCCGAGGAGGAGGAGAUCCCCAGCGGCGGCGAAUCAUCGUCCACGGAGCAGCAGCAGCAGCAGCAGCCCCAGCAGCUACGCGACGUCGCCGAUAACUAGGAUGAGGGCGCCUCCUACCGCUCCUCUGAACCCAACUGCAGUUUGUAGAUCAACGAAUUUUCUUCUCAAAAGUUCUCCAUUAUCCCCAUAAUAUCCCCUCCAAGUCCCCAAUCCCCCCCCAAUCCAAAACUAAAGCAGAAGCAAUUAUUGCGAAACGUACGAUUUUCCCUGGCGAUUUUACCGCGAGCACAGAUAUGUGAAACUAUAUACCAUACAGAUAUGAUAUAUAUAUAUAUAUGAUAUGAUAUGAUAUAUGAUAUACAUUAUACAUUAGCUGGUUCCAUUAAUACAUAUAAUGUGUCUUUUUUUUUUAAUUAAUUAAACAACAAAAUUGCUGUAAUUGAAGGGCA